AUGAUGAACGACCUGCUUGGGGCUGCAAUCAAGAGGGAAGAGAGCGCAACUCAAAGCACCAAAGGCAUAAGUAACCCCAGCGGCCACGAUGAUACACUCGAGGUACGUCUCCUGGCCAUUACAUUCACCCGCCCGGGACAACCGCUCAAUCGUCUUCAAUUGCAGGUCAUCUUCGAAGGCGGUAACGGUGGUCGUCGUCGCAAAGCCUCCCUCGCACCACCAGUUUCUGUCAAUAUGACCACACGGCCCGAAAAUGGUCGGCGGCCAACGUCAUGCAUCGUUCACUCGCUGCUUGAAAAGCACGAUGGCAUGCCCGUCAAAGACCAUUCAGCAUCGUACGAGGGCCUGUCGCAGGAGCGGAGAGUCGACAAGGACCCGCAUGCACAGGCCGAUGAGACACACUAUUCGCGACUGCUGACCAAGAAGGAGAUCUCGGAUAUGGCAUUUGGCAUACGCGAGUUGUCCAAGAAGCUGUCGCAGAUCAGACUGAAGCUGAACGUCCGGAACAUUUUCAUACUCGGCAAGGCGCAUGACGAAAGCUUGAUCAAGAAGUCGCGCGAGACCACUGAGUGGCUUUUGAUGAAGGAUCCCAACUACACCGUGUAUGCUGAUGCAUGUGGUAAUGUUUGGAUAGGGCUGACAGUAUACAGCUACGUGGAACAGACGCUGGAAGACAACAAGAUUUUCGAUGCCACAACUCUUCUCAAACAGAACCCUUCCUUCAACGGGCGACUGAAGUACUGGACGAACGAACUAUGUUUUCAGAAUCCCGAGACUUUCGACGUUGUACUUGCAUUGGGCGGUGAUGGCACGGUGCUGUACGCAUCAUGGCUGUUCCAGCGCAUCGUGCCUCCUACACUUGCCUUCUCGCUUGGCUCCUUGGGCUUUUUAACCAAGUUCGACUACGAAAAAUACCCCCAGACACUAUCACGAGCUUUCGAAGAAGGCAUCACCGUAAAUUUGCGCCUCCGCUUCGAAGCGACCCUCAUGCGCUCCCAGGAACGAGAUCACACAGGCCGUGACUUGGUCGAAGAGCUGAUCGGCGAAGAAUGCGAAGACCACCAUACGCAUAGGCCAGAUGGAACAUACAAUAUUCUGAAUGAGGUGGUGGUAGACCGAGGUCCAAACCCGACCAUGUCGAGCAUAGAGCUCUUCGGGGAUGAUGAGCAUUUCACCACAGUUCAAGCGGAUGGCAUUUGUAUCGCUACGCCUACCGGUUCUACAGCAUACAACCUGGCAGCUGGUGGUUCGCUCUGUCAUCCAGACAACCCCGUCAUCCUUGUGACAGCCAUUUGUGCACACACCUUAUCAUUUCGACCCAUUAUUUUGCCUGACACGAUGGUCUUACGCACCGGUGUGCCGUACGACGCGAGAACGAGCUCGUGGGCGAGCUUUGACGGUCGUGAGCGUGUCGAGCUCAAACCCGGCGAUUAUGUCACAAUCAGCGCUUCGAGGUUUCCGUACCCGAAUGUAUUACCUCUGGAGAGGAGAAGAACAGACUGGAUCGAUAGCAUUAGUAGGACUCUGCAGUGGAAUUCGAGGCAGAAACAAAAAGCUUUCAAAGAGUGGGACUCGUGA